AUGAUCCAUCCUCUACAAACCUCAAUUUCCAGCCACGAUGGCAGUAAAAUUUUCUGCGUCAUAAAGAACAUGAUUCAAGUGUUCAGAUGGGACCAAACGCUGGGAGGGUUCGCGGCAGCGGGACAAUGGAUUGAUGAGCAAGACAAGACUGCUAGCAUCAAGCAAAAGGUUACCGAAGAGCAGCAACGUCAAAUAGCGGAAAAUGAAACCAAGAGACGCAAACUGGACAAAGAUGCGCAAGAGAACACCCAAAGCGAAGUCAUAUCCAAGAGUGUAAAAGAGGCGAAAGUUCCAAUUCCGGGGUCUGGGGCGCCCCCAGUGUACAACUACAUUCGAAACAUGGCACUGUCGCGUAACGAGGAACUACUUUUUGCCUGCACGGAUUCCGACAAAGCGGUGGUGGUUUUCCAGCUGGAUUUUAGCGACCCAGCCAAGAAUUGUUUGACGCUCAAGAGGCGCCAGCCACUACCGAAAAGGCCCAACGCUUUGACUACAACGAAAGAUGACCAAAAAGUUCUUGUUGGUGACAAAUUUGGCGAUGUCUACGCGGUCAACGCUCAAGAGUCCGAUUCCGUACAAGCUACAAAUGAAAAGCUUGAGCCGAUUUUGGGUCAUGUUUCGUUGUUAACAGACAUUGCUCUGGCUACAGAUUCUGAUGGUAAACAGCUGCUGUUCACGGCUGAUCGCGACGAGCAUAUCAGAGUCACCCAUUUCCCACAAACAUAUGUAGUGAACAAGUGGCUCUAUGGAUCCAAAAAAUUUGUGUCGACGCUGUGUCUGCCUGAAUGGGGAUCUAAUUUACUUUUCAGUGCUGGCGGUGAUAAUUUUGUUUGUUCAUGGAAUUGGGAAUCUGGGGAGCUCUUAGACACCCUGGACAUUAGCGACCUCAUUGAGCCCUAUCUUGGCGAAGCCCAGUUAGCGCCCAAGAAAUUCCAAAACGAGUCCAAUUCACUUGUGGAAUAUGCAGUUUCCAAGAUUGUCACUUUUUCCAAUCUACCGUACGUCGCAUUUUUUGUAGAGCAGACCAAGGCUCUGUUCAUAUGCAAGGUUGAUCCGGUAUUAGCCAAGUUUACCCUAGCUCAAACUAUCGAGCUACCUUUUAACAUUGUGUCAUUGACAACAGCCAUGACCGCUGGUACAACUAUAGCUACCUUGGAUAACCGCGAGUCGGAUGGUACCAGUUUUGCCUCUUUCAUUACUUGGGAUGGUACUCAGUUUACUAUUGAUGGUGAAAGGAAUAUUAGUUUCGACAAGGCCGUCACGGAAAAGCUCAAAGACGAUUCCAUAGCUAACGUUGAUUCCCAGGAAGUUUACCCGUUGUACCAUGUCGCAUCUUUGAGGAAGCGUGGUGAACUUUACUCUUGA